GCACCAUAUUUUAUUUAUCGUUGCGAAACAAUCUUCAGGUAUGUGCUGAUAAAGCGAACAUUGUUAUCAACCAAUAACGGACACUAUCAGUCGCGACAACAUUCGUUUCAUUUAUAGAUCAGUCGAACUCAAAGCCUGAACACGUGCACUGUUUUACUGAGCAAUUAAAAAGUGAAGUAAUAAUUAGAAAAACAGUAAUAUUCAAAAUGGGCUCUGAAUCUCACAAUUACCCACCUCAGCAACCUCCACCGUACCCUGGCCAUCAACAGCCUUCCUACCCAGUCACGAACCAACCCCAGGUGAAUAUAAUACGUGGACCGACCAUAGUUCCAGUCAUUGUCAACAGUAUGGGACCAGCUUCGACAGUAACAGUGUGUCAAUCUUGCGGCCAACACAUCAGUACUCGAGUCGAGAGGAUACCUUCAAUGAGAACUCAUUUGUUCGCUAUUCUUUUAUGUUUAGUUGGAUGCUGGCCCUGCGCGUGUGUACCGUAUUGUGUUGAUACUUGUAAUAACGCUGAACAUUAUUGUCCUAACUGUAAUUCAUAUAUUGGUUCAUACUUAGGUGCUUAAUGUCAAUUUAAAGCCCAAUAACCUAAGAUUACAACGUCGUUGGUAGCACUUCUAGCUAAUAUUAAAUGUAUGCAUAAUAUAAUAAGUUAUUUAGUUGAUUUUUUUUUAUGAAAAUAAGGAUCGAGACGAUCAGGAUGUCAGCUGAUGAUUAUUGAUACGCCCUGCCCAUUACAAUGCAAUGCCGCUCAAGAUUAUUGAAAAAGUCAUAAAUUCUGAGCGGCACUACACUUGCGCUCGUCACCUUGAGAUAUAAGAUGUUAAGUCUCAUUUGUCUAGUAAUUUCACUAGCUACGGCGCCCUUCAGGCCGACACACAAUAUUGCUUACACAUUACUGUUUCACGGCAGAAAUAGGCGCCGUUGUGGUACCCAGUGGCGCAGUAAAUUAUUAAAUAUGUUCAAAUCAACAGAACCUAUUCGUAUUUACGCCAUCAGACAGUUGUCAGAUUGCAAACAGUGCCAGAAACUUUACAUUGGUGCUUUUUCAAACUUUCUGCCUUUUUUAUGAAAUCGUCGAGGCGACCACGACAUUCAACAUAGAAGUAAAUGAUACUCCCUGCCCAUUACAAUGCAGUGCCGCUCUGGAUUCUUGAUCGUACCCAAAAUUAUUUGCUGCAUCACAAUAGCGCUCGUCACUUUGAGGCAUAAGAUGUUAUCUAUAAUUAGCCUAAUAAUUUCACUAGCCACGGCAUUUGCAAUGGGCGACGCUGUGCUCUCCAAGCAAUCGGCAUUCAGUGCAAAAUACCUCCUACUGGUAAAUUAAUAACAGUUAAUCCAACUAGACAGCUCCUUCCAGAAGUUCAAAAUAUGAUCUCGUAUUUACUGAGGUUUUUCCCGUUGGCUAUCCACUCCUGGACAUUCCAGGAUUAUAGGAGUGACCGUUUUGUCUUCAGCCAGACAUUCUUUGCUCUUAGGGCUAUCAGAUGACAUUAAAGAUAUGGCAAACUGUCCCUAUCUCAAGGUGCGAGGUUUAUAAAUAAUUAUGUUUGCUCUGGUUAAAGAUUUCCGUAGCUCUUAAAGAAAUAAACCAAAGCUUAUAGGAUCAAUUAAUUGUUCAUCUAUCCAACGGACAAUUUCCUCACAAAACGUGGAGGUAUAAACCAAUUGAUAGAACUAAUAUAGUUUAAGAAAAUUUUUGGUGCAUAGCGUGGCAAAUUUGGGGUAGAAAGCGUUCAACAGGAAGAUUGCAAAUAGGUUUGGAAGAUAUUCCCUUGUUAUGGUGUUAAAAUUAAAUCGUUGCACAAAUAGGUGGUACUAAUAAACACCUAAGAGUUAUAUUUUUAUGUAACAAAGCAAUUAUGAAUUCUAUUAUCUGUGUUAUACUAUAUAUAUAGAACUGUAUAUAAAAUAUCCGUGCAAUAAAAUAUUCUGAGUCAAAAGUAUUUUAAAAUUAAAAUUUCUUAGGGGCUGGCUGAUUUUGUAAUUUGAAACUUUGUUUCAGGUUUUGAAAUUAAAGUUAUUUAAUACACCUAUGUAAUAAA